ACAGCCUCUUCGUUCGCCGCCUGACCUGACUAAGUACUUUCCGAGUGACUUUUCGUCGUCCCGUUUAGUUGGAACAGUUUGAGCAGUUGAGCAAUUGAGCAAUUGAGCAAUUGAGCAGUUGAGUGCAUAUGGAUGCGUCGAUGUCUCACUGCUUUCGUUGGACCAACGCGGCGUGGCGACAACAGCCUCAAGCGGAAGUGCAAAGCAAGUCACGUACUUCAAAAACAGAACACAGCAGCAGCAGCGGCAGUGGCAGUGGCAGCAGCGGUAGCAGCAGCAGCUGCAGAAGCAGCGACAGCGGCAGCGGCAGCGGCAGCGGCAGAGGCUAAAGCUAAAUGAGCGCAAGAGAGCGACAGCGUUGCCAAUUUUGACAUUUGUAAGUGAUUGCAAAAAAAUAAAAUCAACAACAUCCAAAAAGCAACGGGAAUUUUGGCAUGUGUGAAAAGAUUUGCGA